AUGGCGCCCCAAUCCUCGCCAUCGUCCUCCGCACCAUCUCCGUCCUUAAAACGCAAGCAGCCAACCAUCUCGAGCUUUUUCACCCAGAAACCGACCUCGACUCCACGAUCUUCCGCUCCUAGAGAGCCCGAAACUCCUCCCGUCAAGCCAUUUAAGAAGAGACUUGCUUCCCCUGAACUGGAACCAGAGCCGGAGCUGGUGACAGAGGCAAAUGAAGAUGACGAUAUUGUUGCACCUCCCCCCAAACGAGCUCGAAAGACCGGUCCUUCGCCCGAAAAGCAAAUCCGGAAGAUUAGUCCUGCCCAAGAAAAGCAACCCCAAAAGACCAGUCCUACCCCCGACAAGCAACCCCAACCCUCAGCAGAACCUCCAGCUCAUUCACUAUCCCAACUGAGCAGCAGCCAACGAACCGACAUCUUCAAAUUCCAAAAAUCACAAGCCGCACCGCCUACCCAAGAUGAUAAUGUAGAAGACGCACAGCGCAGGAAAGAAAAGGAGAAAAUGCACCAGAAAUUCGUGCGCAGACUCGGCGGUGCUGAUUGUUUGAUCGGUAUUGGACGGAACGCUACUGCUACUGACGCCGGUGCCAUUGAGGCCGAAGAAGGCGAGGAAGCCGAUGCAGAUGAUGAACCUGCCCCUCCCCCUAAGAAAGGGAAGGCUGCUGCCAAGAAGGGUGGUAGUAAGCUUACGCCGAUGGAGAGACAAGUCAUCGAUAUCAAACGCAAGCAUAUGGAUACCGUACUUGUCAUUGAAGUCGGAUACAAGUUUCGGUUCUUCGGAGAAGAUGCUCGGAUUGCGGCGAAGGAAUUGGGUAUCGUUUGUAUUCCCGGAAAAUUCAGAUUUGAUGAGCACCCUUCCGAGGCUCAUAUAGACCGCUUCGCUUCUGCUAGUAUCCCUGUUCACCGACUGCAUGUGCACGUGAAACGUCUUGUUACUGCAGGCCACAAGGUCGGGGUGGUGCGCCAGAUCGAGACCGCUGCGCUCAAGGCUGCAGGUGAUAAUCGCAAUGCGCCAUUCGUCCGGAAACUGACCAAUCUGUACACGAAAGGCACUUACAUCGAUGAUAUCGAGGGGCUUGAGGGCGCCGUGCCUGCUGCGGGAAAUUCCUCCCCAGCUACGGGAUACAUGCUGUGUAUCACGGAAGCCAACCUCAAAGGCACUGGAAAUGACGAGAAGGUGCAUGUUGGUAUCGUUGCUGUUCAACCAGCUACUGGCGAUGUCAUCUAUGAUGACUUCGAAGAUGGUUUCAUGCGGAGUGAGAUCGAGACAAGACUGCUGCAUAUUGCACCUUGUGAGAUCGUCAUCGUUGGGGAUAUGUCUCGGGCCAGCGAGAAGCUUGUGCAACAUCUGUCUGGAAGUAAGGCGAAUGUCUUCGGAGAUGCGGUGCGUGUUGAACGGGUAUCGAAAAAUAAAACUGCUGCUGCGGAAGCACAUAGCCAUGUCGCAAGUUUCUAUGCUGGCAAGAUGAAAGCGACCGGUACGGAAGAAGAUGCACAGGCAGCCAAGCUACUCCAAAAUGUCCUUGAACUGUCUGAACACCCUACGAUUUGUCUAUCAGCUAUGAUUGAGCAUAUGUCAGAUUAUGGACUGGAACAUGUCUUUGAUCUGACGAAGUACUUUGAGCCAUUCUCUGCUCGAUCACACAUGCUUCUCAAUGGAAAUACACUGGUUAGUUUGGAGAUUUACCAAAACCAGACAGAUCACACUGUGAAGGGUAGUCUGUUUUGGAUGUUGGACCGUACGCAGACGCGGUUUGGUCGGCGGCUGUUGCGACGUUGGGUUGGGCGGCCUUUACUGGAUAAGGGCCGCUUGGAGGAACGUACCAAUGCAGUUGAAGAAUUGAUGAACCCUGCUCGUGUUGUUCCUGUGGAACGGAUUAGAGGGUUGUUAGGCAAGAUCAAGAGUGACUUGGAACGGAGUCUGAUUCGUAUCUAUUAUGGCAAGUGCUCUCGACCAGAGCUUCUCACUGUUCUACAAACCAUGCAAAUGAUCGCAAUGGAGUUUGCGGAUGUCAAAUCUGCUGCCGAUACGAGCUUCAAGUCACCUUUGAUCAGUGAAGCUAUUGCAUCUCUUCCAACAAUCCAAUCAGAUGUCACUCAGUACUUAGAAAAGAUUAAUCUUCAUGCUGCACGGACCGAUGACAAGUAUUCCUUCUUUCGCGAAGAAGAGGAGACCGAAGAUAUCAGCGACCAAAAAUUGGGAAUUGGCAGCAUCGAACACGAGCUUCAGGAACACCUCGCCGUGGCCGGAGAGCGCAUAGGCAGGAAGAAAGUCCAAUACGCCACAGUCUCCGGAAUUGAGUACCUAAUCGAAGUCGAAAACAACUCCCUGGGAAUCAAGCGUGUCCCAGCAUCCUGGGUCAAAGUCAGCGGAACAAAGAAGAUCUCCCGAUUCCACACACCGGAAGUGAUCCAAUUCAUCCGCCAACGAGACCAAUACAAAGAGGCCCUUGCAGCAGCCUGCGACAGAGCCUUCGCAGCCCUACUCGCAUCCAUCUCAUCUCAAUAUCAGACAUUCCGCGACUGCGUCCAGUCCCUCGCAACACUAGACUGCCUCCUCUCCCUCGCAACAAUCGCCCAACAACCUGGCUACGUGAAACCAGAAUACACAAACCACCCAUGCCUCCACGUCUCACAAGGUCGCCACCCAAUGGUUGAGCAACUCUUAACAGACGCCUACGUUCCAAACGACACAUCCCUCUCCACAGACGGCACACGUGCCCUCCUCGUAACAGGUCCAAACAUGGGCGGAAAAUCUAGCUACGUCCGCCAAGUCGCCCUGAUAGCAAUCAUGGCCCAAAUAGGCUCCUACGUCCCCGCAGCAUCCGCCCGCCUUGGCCUCCUAGACGCAGUUUUCACUCGCAUGGGUGCAUUCGACAACAUGCUAGCAGGUGAAUCGACAUUCAUGGUCGAACUCUCCGAAACGGCCGAUAUCCUCAAACAAGCUACACCACGCUCUCUAGUUCUGCUAGACGAACUGGGUCGUGGAACAUCCACACACGACGGCGUUGCUAUCGCUCAGGCAGUGCUGGAUUAUAUGGUUCGGUCGAUUCGCUCACUUACCUUGUUCAUUACGCACUACCAACAUCUCUCGAAAAUGGCAACCGCGUUCCCGAAUAAGGAACUACGAAACGUGCAUAUGAAGUUUACGGAGUCUGGCGAAGAGGGGGACGAAGAUAUUACAUUCUUGUAUGAGGUUGGUGAGGGUGUUGCACACCGUAGUUAUGGCUUGAAUGUGGCAAGGCUGGCAAAUUUGCCAUCUUCUGUUAUUGAGGUAGCGCGGGAGAAGAGUUCGGAGCUGGAGGAGGAGAUUAAGAGGAAGAGGUUGGUGAAGCUUGUGGGGGCUGUUGGGAGGGUUGUCGAAGAGGAGGGUGGUGUUGAAGAUGAGAUGAUUGAUCGCUUGCUUGCGAAUGUUGCACAGCUUUAG